GUGCUACAAUCAAGCCUUGACUGGAUGAACCGUCCUUGACUAGAUGAACAAAGACGAAGAAAGCAGCUAGUUCUAAAACGUCGCUAGUUCUAAAACAUCUCAAGAUUUAAUCUCCGGGAGAGGUUGUGAAAUGAAGUGCUUACUGGCUUGCUAUUUCAUAUUUUUCUUUUGCAGUGCCAAUGCUUCGUUCCCGGAUCCUUGUAGAAGUCACUUCGAAGAAAAUGUCUGGCAGCGAAGUACUAGACAUAAAAUGAAUGCAAGAGACUCUCCACGCUGUGACACGACAUUGUCAUUUGGUUGGUACCGCUUCACGAGUAAGGCCGGAGGGAAGAUUCCGCACGGGCAAAUCCAACCUGGAUCUUGCGGUACUCGACGCCCAAUCUAUAUCAAAUCGGGUACUUUACCUACAACCAAAGAUAACGAUGUCUCUUUGCAAGCCUGUUACGAUGACGAUGAUGCUGUUUGCUUUGAGACUUUAACAAUCAGGGCCAGAUUCUGCCAAGUAGACGGAAAAGAAUAUUAUAUUUAUACCUUAAAAAAGCCCACAUUUUGUGCAUCUUAUUGUGCAGGCAGUGAAAUUCCAUGUCCCGAGGGAGAAAGUACUUCAACUGGAUUCACAAUAAACGGAAGAUGCAAUAAUCUAUUCCCACCAUUUUCAACACCACGAGUGCAUUACGUUGUGGAGUCGAAACUCCUCCACUUUGUUUGCAAUUUCACCACUGAUGCAACAUUAGUCUCUGAAAUUUUCAAGAUAACAUGGUAUGAUAGUUCACACAAAACAUUGGAAAUAGAUGGGACAGGCAGCGAUUUUAAGCAAAAAAUGAUCAUUAAUUGGAGCAAACUAGAAAAAGAUGGAGGAAUGAAGCUUGGCGACACAUUUUUUUGUACAAUACAGAGUUGGUACCAGCGUUCACCAAACAACACAAGUAAAAUAUCAAUGAGCAAUCAUUUCUUUGCUGGCAUACGAGUUCGGAACAGAACAAUUCAUAUUCAUCUGAAAGAAGGGGAAAUAAACGAUGCCAUAUUUGUUGAAGCUACCAUACCAAUUUUAUGCCAAAACCCAGAAAGUGAACUUUGUGCGGCUAAGGUAGAAAUGUCUAAUGGAAAAGUAAUUGCAAGCGAUGAAUGCUUCUUGCCGUUCCGUUACAACACAAGCCCCCAACAAAAAAGAUUUUAUAUAGCAGUGCCCGAAAGACAAUCUGAUCGACCUACGGAACACAGCUUUAUUGCCCUUACUGUCGAGAACCUAAAAGCAGAGGACAGCUGGAAGAAUCAUAAAGAAAUUCAAGAUAUUCAGGUUAUAACAAGUGACAGGAAGUGGGGUAUUUGCCAUUCUACAGGUGAUCCCCAUAUAACAACAUUUGGCUCAAUGUAUUACCACCUUUACCAAGUAGGAGAUUAUCAAAUGGUUAGAACUAAGAACAAUAUAUUUGAGGUUCACGUAAGGACGUUUCAGUGCGCUACAGUUACUUGUAACUGUGGAGUCGCUGCAAGAGAAGGGGAGGAUAUUGUUGUCAUCGAUAUGUGUGGGGAUAAUAUCCCACGACCACGUCUGCCACGGAAAGAAGAGAUGCAACGAUCUGAUGGUACAGUUAUCACUGUAGAUCCUAGUGGGCGUCUAUUCACGAUAUCAUUCUCAUCUGGAGCCACUAUCAAGUUCGACACAAUUAAUUGGUACGGUCAUUUAUAUUUUGGAAACAUGAAGAUUAAAAUUCCUCCAUCGUACUACGACAAAACAGAUGGUCUUUGUGGAACAUAUGAUGGCAAAGUAGGUAACGAACUGGUAAGUAAAGAUGGCAAAGUCUGGGAUAAAAUGCUGCCUUCACAUAGAAUUGCACAAGAUGAAUUCACGAAUAGCUGGAGACUUACAACCAAAGAUAGUCUUUUCUAUUACAAACCAAAGGAUCAAAAAUGCAAAAUUCAUCCACGGGAAAAAAAGUACUGCAAAUGUGACAAUGUUAUCAACAAGGAAACUAAUAAAGUUACUUGUGGACCACUCGGGGAAGCUGAAACAUUUUCUGCAAACCAGAAACCAUUGAUAUUUGAAAAUGAAGAUUUUUGUAGCCGAAGAAAGAGGAGAUCGGUACACAGAAGCGGUGAUUUUAUCACGAUACCUGAUGACGAUGGAUCAAGCGAUUAUGUGUAUGAUCCUACUCCGAUAAACAUAACCAUACCAGUAUGGCCAACAAAAACAGGAAAAACUCAAGCAGAUGUUCAGAAAUAUUGUACAGAUACAAUAAUGAACUCUCAGACAGGAAAGAUGUGCCAAAAGUUGGAUUCAUUUGAUUUCAGUCCAACUAUUGACCAGUGCGUAGAGGAUAUAAAGAUCGCUGACGAUUUUGCAUUGGUGAACUCAGCAAUCCAAAGUUUAGCAGAGAUGUGUAAAGAUGAUUUCAUUUCAAAUGUUACAUACUGGUCAAGCGAUGCAUCAGGCAAUGGUACGCUAAGCCCACCAGCUGAAUUAUUUGCGAUUUCAUGCCCUGGACUGUGCAGUGGAAAAGGCACGUGUGUAAAUGGAACAUGCGAGUGCUUUAAAGGGUUUUCCGCACCUGACUGCUCUGUCAAUAUAACAACUGGUCCUACAUUUAGAUACAUUCAGAACAACGGCUUUUGUGAUAUUCGAAAAAGAAGUGAUUGCUCCCGUAUACGUGUUAUUGGAACAGAUUUCAUUGCCUCGAAAAACCUUUCUUGCCGACUUACGCCUUUCGAGAUGUUCAAUCAUUCUGACAGCAAAACAAAUAAACAGUUCUUUACAAAGGCAACAUUGCUAAGUUUUGGAGAAAUGACUUGCGACAUGGUGGAUAAUCCAGUCAAAAGUUACACCUCGUCAAUAAACGGCUCGCCGUAUGUAAGGUUCAGAGUUGAAGUCUCGAAUGAUGGUAGAAUAUUCAGUAAGCAGUCCCACAAUUAUACAAUCUACGAUUCCAAAUGCAUUAACUGCACCAACAACGGCAUUUGUCAAUUUCAGAAAAGCAAAUGCUUGAUAAAUGGAUAUUGCUUCAACGACGGAGAAAGUCCACCAUUCAGCCCCUGCUUACUGUGUGCGCCAAAAUACAAUGUCACUGCCUUCUCCCCAGUCAAGACUGGUUUCUGUGCGACUACAACAACAGCACCGUCAACGAACACCACUGUAACUACAAAAACUACAUCCUAUCGCUCGUCAACUGGAGGAGUAAGUGGCAAUCGAACAACAACAGAAAGACCAUCAAUCACCUCGGAAAAACUUAAUGUUACCACCACCCACACAAAUUCAACUACCAAAGAAAGUGUUAAGGGAUCUCCUACCAAUAUUCCAUCUACUACCUCAGAAAAACUCAGAGUUACAACCAAAAACAAGACACGUACCAAAGUUCCCUCAAAGAAUGAAACCCUCAAAACAACAGUGUCAACUAAAGCCAAAGUCAAGGGAAAGAUGGCGACCAUCAUUUCUUGUUCAGUUGUUGGUGGUAUUCUUAUACUGGUUUUCUUGAUAGUUUGUGCAUUGAAGUUAAAAAAAACUCAUACUAUCAAAACCUAUCCAGUUGAUCCAGCAGAACUGAGCAACAACAUUGAGCUACAAAGACCCGAAGACUUGCCUUUGUCACAUUGAAGUGGUCAUUUUCAUUUUUAUCCUUAUUUUUAUUUUCACCUGUUAUGUGCAUGAUCAAAAUGACUAUCAAAAUUAUGAUUGGCUUUGUAAUUUUAACAAAUAAUUCAUUUAGUUCUUUAGCUGCUAUUGGAUCUAUUCAUGGAUUUAGCUAUUCCGUUUAGUACAUAUGAAUUGUCGAUAAUAUUCACUAAGAUUUUUUGGGCACAUGAUGCGAAGGGAAGGCUUGGAACACCUAGCGGUUACUAGAAAGAUAGAAGGAAAGAAAGGAAGAGGGAGACCAAGAAUAUAUGAAGGCUUUGAGCACGUGGGCAAAUGUAGAAGCUAAAGAAUUGAUUAAGACAGCUAAGAGCAGGGUAGAGUGGAAGGCCACGACAGUCAACGCUUUGAAGGACGUUUAGAACAAACCAUAAUAAAAAUAGCUAUGUAUGUGAUCGAUUAGAAAAACAUGUUUUAAUAAAUAAUAAAGGAUCAAAAGCAUGACAAAUUUGAUAGGCUCCUUGAAAAUCGUGGAGCAGAAGUUUAACUUGCCCUUUGUGUGAAUAGAAGCUUUGCUAUGAGCCAAUAUCGUGUCUUCUGUAACCAUAACCUUUUGUAACAGCAUUUACUUAGUUAAUUGAUAAUUGAUAGUUAAUUUGAUAUGAUUAUGUUUUUGUCAUUCAAUCUUUGAAAUUUAUAGACUUUACAUUUGUAAAGGUUGAUUCUUGUAGCUGUGAUUUAAGAUUGAAAGUGUUGUAUAAAACUCUCAAAAACGAAUAUAUUGUCGAUGGUAUAAAACUAGUGUGAUAUCAAUUCAAUGUAGUUUUAUGAUUAGUGAUCUCAAGCAAAAUAUGUAUCUUUUGAUGUAUCUUAUGUAAUCAUUUGUAAUCAAAGUUUUCAAACACUGACAGCUAAAGGUAGUUGCUUUGUUUCUUUUGCUCUAUGUGAGAGACCAAAUAUUAAUUGUACUACAUUGACAAAAACAUUCUUUAUUGGGGAAAUAGUUGGUUAUCUCCGAGAAAAGAUGUUUGAAUUUAAGAUACAGGAGUAAACUAUUGUGUUACAAAGCUAUUGGUAAGUAAGCAGUCUUAUCUUGAUAAUCAUAAUUGAAAACUUUAUUAAAUAUUUUAUUUCUAAAUUCACUUUUUAUUUUUAGUUUUACUUUUGGUUGUGCAAUGUUAGAAUAGUGA